GGGGGGGACGGACAGAGCAGCUUCGCUCGUGGACAGAGCGGGGGAAGAGAUUCUCUCCCCCCCGCCCCGCCGACCGGGCAGCGAAACCGCCGCGGCGGCGGGAGCGAGCGAGCGGGGCCCGCGGCGCUGCUGUGCCCAGCCAUGGACAAUCAGUGCACGGUGCAGGUGAAGCUGGAGCUGGGGCACCGGGCCCAGCUGCGCAAGAAGCCGACCACGGAGGGCUUCACCCAUGACUGGAUGGUGUUCGUGCGCGGCCCGGAGCAGUGCGACAUCCAGCACUUCGUGGAGCGCGUCGUCUUCCGGCUGCACGAGAGCUUCCCAAAACCCAAGCGAGUGUGCAAGGAGCCCCCCUACAAGGUGGAGGAGUCUGGCUAUGCUGGCUUCAUUAUGCCCAUUGAAGUGCACUUCAAAAACAAGGAGGAGCCCAAAAAGGUUUGUUUCACAUAUGACCUGUUCCUAAAUCUGGAGGGGAACCCACCUGUGAACCACCUUCGUUGUGAGAAACUGACUUUCAACAACCCCACCAAGGAAUUCAGGCGCAAACUCAUCAGAGCUGGAGGGGUAAUGGUGAUGCCAGAAGGAGCAGAGACUGUUUCAAGGCCAAGUCCUGAUUAUCCAAUGCUGCCCACGAUACCUCUGUCUGCCUUCUCUGAUCCCAAGAAGACCAAACCCUCCCAUGGGUCAAAGGAUGCAAACAAGGAAAGUAGCAAAGCAUCCAAGCCACAUAAAGUAACCAAGGAGCACAGGGAGAGGCCCAGGAAAGACUCUGAGAGCAAAAACUCCUCCAAAGACCUUGAGAGAGAACAGAACAAGCCUUUGAAGGACUCCUCCAGAAAACCAACUGAGAACAAACUGCCUAAGGAGGAGAAGGCACCUCCAAAAGCUGCUUUCAAGGAACCAAAACUGGCCGUGAAGGAGACCAAACUGGAGAACACCUCUCCAAAGGGGGGGCCGCAGCCGGAGCUGAAGUCUUCCAGCAAGAGGCCCUCCAACGUGGAGUCACCAAAGCCUAGUGCCAAAAAACAAAAAAAGAGUAGCUCCAAAGGGGUAAAGAAUAUCCUGGGGACAUCUCCCAGAACCUCGUCUUCCUCAUAUCCAGAGAAGAAACAAACCAAGGAGAAGAUGAAUGCCAAAGUGGAAAAGGUAAAAUCUGAGAGCGAGGCCAAGGAGAUCAAAAAGCCUGUGGAAAUGGAGGAGUCAAACUCAGAGGAUGAAACUUCUUUCAAGUCAGAGGGGGUUAAGUCUGUCCAGUCCAGCCCUUCCAACUCCAGCUCCAGCUCCGACUCCAGCUCUGACUCUGAUUUCGAGCCAUCUCAGAACCACAGUCAAGGCCCCCUGCGCUCCAUGGUGGAGGAUCUGCAGUCGGAGGAGUCGGAUGAUGACGACAGCUCCUCGGGGGAGGAGGCGGCGGUCAAAGCCAACCCCGUCAGCCGCGAUUCCAGACUGAGCCUCAGUGACAGUGACAGUGACAACAGCGCCGACUCGUGCCCGCCCAGCCGGGAGCCGCCUCCUGGGCAGAAACUGCCCCCAGCAAACAACAAGGCAUCUGGAAGGAAAAGCCCAGAGUCUUGUAACAAGCCAGAGAAGAUCCUGAAGAAGGGAACGUAUGACAAGGCCUACACGGAUGAGCUGGUGGAGCUCCACAGGCGGCUCAUGGCACUCCGGGAGCGCAACGUGCUCCAGCAGAUCGUGAAUCUCAUUGAGGAAACCGGGCAUUUCAAUGUCACCAACACAACCUUUGACUUUGACCUCUUCUCCCUGGAUGAGACGACCGUCCGCAAGCUGCAGAGCUACCUGGAGGCCGUGGCCACAUGACGCUGGGCCUGGGAAGCUGCCUCUGCUCUUCAACCAGAGAUCCCCUCCAUUGGUACCAGGAAACCACCCCAUGGAACUAGGCCUUCUUAUCCUCCUGCCUCACCCGAAGAAGCACUGCCUUAGAGAACAGCCAUGCUCUAGGAAUGCUCAGCCAGCUGCACUUUUCUUGUAGGCUUCAAACCAGCGCCCGCCUUGCUGAGUCUGUCCCGCCCAGCAGAGCAGGCGUGCUGCACUUAGGCUGCACAGCGCGACCUUUGCGGAUUCCCUUCGAGCAACUGUGUUUCAAGAGCACAUUUUCCAGGCAUCUCUGAGCUCUGAAGAAGAGUGGAUGCUGUUCCCUUCCCCGGAGCUCAGGACCAGCCUGUGGAGAGCUCCCGGAGCCCUCCCGCUCUGCCCCGCGCCCUGGGGGUGACAGCGGCUGCGCCAGAGCUGGGACACCGGGGACACAGGAGGCUCCCCGGGCUCCUGCUGCUCUGCUGCACAGGAGAGGGGAUUGAUUCUGGCUGCAUUCCAGCUGGGAUCACCCACCAGUUCAGUGACCUGGCUCUCUGUGGGGACAGGACCCUCAGCUCCCUGCAGGGACACUCUGUGCUUGGUGAGGAGGCCUCUGGAACCUGCUGUCUCCUCCUGGGGUUUGGAGAUGUCUUGUUUGUUGAUCUGAGCUCCUAAACAAAGUCCCACUCUUUUCAGUCUGCUUUAACUGUAAUAGGACUCCAAAACUGUAAGCUGUAUAUUUUAUAUAUAUAUAUUAUAUAUAUGUAUGUACUGUAUGUAUAAGAAGGGCCUAGUUGGGUCUUAUGAUCUUAAGGGUGUGUUUUUCUGUUGUUUUUUUAUGGCUCUGGCAGGGGAAGGCGCUUAAUAAGAUUUGACUCGUUUGUUCAAUGCCUCUUGUGGACAAUUUGUAGUGUAAGGAAGCUGGACAGCAACCUCCAGGCAUCCCAUGCUCCAGAUGGGGCUCACCCGUCGUCUUUCCAUUUGUCAGUGUUUGAUAACUUUGCCAAAACAUGUGAUUGGUUUUGUUCUGUGUUCUCAAAGAGGAAUCUCCUUACAGUGGCCCCUAUAGUAGUGGCUGUACUUUGGGAAAACCAAAACAAGGGAGAGCUGAAAUCUUUGGGCACGCCCGGGAGAGCUGAUGUGAAACACGAGGUGGAGCUGGGUUUGUUCCCUGCUCCCUCUCCCCCCCUGCCUGUGCAGGAAACAGAAACACUAACGCAGCCCCUUCCCUCCCACAUUUCUAGUUAAACUAGUAUUGACCUCCAAGUGUUCUCCAGGCGGGCAUGGGGCAAUCCCAGCGCCCUCCUCCAAGCUGUGUUACACUCCUGCUCCCUAAAUUCAGUAUUUUCCCAGGAUUGCUCCUUCUUCUGAGGGCUGGGGGAAGCUUUUGCCAAAUGUCCUUGUGCAGGGGCUGUGGGAGCAGCGGUGCUGGGGAGCCCCUCUGCUCUCUCUGCGAGGGUCGCACCGCUCCAGCUUUGCUGUCCCUUGUUUUGGGUUCCCCCUUUCUUUAUCAUGGAAAUGUUGCAACUAAUCAACUGAAGUGGCAAUAUGAUGAUAAGCUUGUUUGAGUUGGGUCAUGUUGACCCGAUUCCCAUUAAUUUUGUCCUUGUACCACCUUUCAUGUGUCAUGUGUGUGUGUAUAUAUAUAUAUAUGUGUGUAUAUAUAUAUAUAUGGAAGUUCAAGCUCAUGCCAGGUGCAAACCCUGUCACACCAGUGAUCUCAGCUCUUUUCUUUUUUGCUGGACGAUGCCAGGGCUGCAUGGAAAGGCCAGGGAAGGUGGAGGGCAGGGGGCAGAGAGGAGAGGAGGUGGCAGCAGGACCCCCAGGGUGGAGGCUGGUGGUGACAGCUGUGGGUGGCACUGUGAGCCCCUCGUGUCUCGGUGGGGCUGUGCUGGGGAGCAGCUCUGUGCCCACCCUGCGGUGGGGGUGGUGGCACUGUCCCAUCCCCACAGCAGGGGGUGUGACCCAGCUCUCCCGAGUUCUUUGCUGCCGUCUCUGCCCAGGUCUCUCCUCCCCCAGCUCUGCUCCCAGCACUUCCAGACUGUCACAGAGCUGCCCCUCGAGGGGCUGGAGCUGCCACCCCCGUCCUGUCCCUGCUCCUGCCCCUGCCACCAGCCGUGCUCCCAGCUCCCAGCCAGCCCCAGGACAUGCCUGGGGUGUGUUCCUGAGCCUGCCUGGGAGGCUGUUCUGAGCCUCAGGCAUUGUCCUGUCCUGGAAGUGACUUUGUUGGUGGAGUCUGCUGAGCAUUGAUAGGGAUUUUGUUUGGUUUUUAUAAGAAGUAUUUUACACAUGGAUUUUUUUAGACUGUUUAUAAUCCCCCUGAAAACCCGAGGUAGGAUUGUUCCCCAGCAAUAGUUCCUCUCCAUUGUGUGCACAUGCUGAUUUGUUACUAAAAGGUUUUUGCAAGUACUUAGUUGUUCUACAGAGUUGAUGUUUUUUGGGGUAUGUGGUAGCGUCGGGGAGCACAGGAGGGGUGACUCUGCAGACAAGGAAUGGUCACAUUUGGGCCUCAUCUUGUGUCCCCUUGGAGUUCCCUGUGUAGAUUCCCUCUAGGCUGGCUGAACGCUGUUCUGAACAUGCUGUGUACAGGUUUUUGUGGAUAAAGUGUUUGUUCUUGUGUCACUCUUGAGAGCAUGGAUGGAUUAUUGUACUCUAGGAAGGAGGGAGCAGUGCUGCUCUGGGCAUUGCUUCAGGUCCUCGAGGAUGUGUAGUAGCUUGCAUUGUUAAAAAAAGGAAGAAAAAAAAAAAAAAGAAUCCCAAAUUGAGUUGUAGCCAUAAUGGUUUUUCCAAGGAGAAUGGACAGGACUCUGUUACUUUUCCAUGUCCUUCGUGGUGGUGCUGCUGGCACAGAAGGUGCUGGGCAGCCCCAGGGCUUCCCCAGAUGCUGAGUUGGAAUCGUGUUGAGGUGGGAUCAGGACCCUGCUCCAUCCCUGCCCUUGGCUCAGAGGGCAGGGAGGGCCAGGAGCGUUUCCUGGGUCCUGGUCUGCGAUGUGUUGAGCCUUGAGGCUUUGAUUACUGACAUGUACAAUUAGAAAAGGUUUAAAAAGAGAGGAAAGGAAGGCUUGGCUGGCAGCAAAGCCCGGCUGAGGCGUUUGUGGCGCGGAGGGAGCGAGGCUGGCUGAGGUCAGGCUGAGCCCACGGACCUGCAAUGACUCUGCCACCCGUGGGAGCAUCACAACGAGCCGAGCAAUUGAUGCAACAAUCCAGAAGCAGUUUUUUUUUUUGUCACAUCUUGGAUCGUGUUUGAUGGUGAGAGAGGUUGAAACGUCCCUCCCCGAGGGGCCUCUCCAGGAGCGGCUCCGGUUCCGCGGGGGCUGGGCUGGGCUGGGGCCGGCUCUGCUCGCCCGAGGCUCCUCCCUGCUCGCCCAGGGGCUCCGCUGGUGCUGAGACACCCCCGGGCACCUGCGACAGAAAAGGACCCAACUCGGGCUUCCUUUCCUGGGGCGUGGGAUAGCCAUCAAAAACUGACAAGAUGAGUUUGCACUCCUAAAGAAAAAUGUAAGUACUUCAACUUCUAGAGAAUUUUUAAUUGUAUUUCUGCCUAGAGCCGAGGUAUUAAAUACCUCAGCACCUGAGGAUUUUAAAAGUUGUGUUGGGAGAAAGUUCUUCACUCAGCUGGAAGAAAUGCAGCUGAGCCAAGACUUAACUGCAAGAUUAAAAAAAAAAAAAACACAAAAAAACUCAUGUUUGUAAUACGUUACAGGAUUGUUUGUCCUGAAUUUUAAACUUUUUGUUAAAUUUGUGGAACUAUGGAGGAAUUUUCUAGAAAAAGUGAAAUAAAGUAAGAUGGAAAAGUAA